UUUCCAGUCUGCGAUUUCGAAUGCUAGCUCCUGAUGAAUGGAAACUCCGCCUCUUGGAAUAACCUCAGCAGCUACAGCCAGAGUCCAGAUCUGACAGAGGAGAGGGUUUGACGUGCGCACAGCUGCAAGGUCUGAAGGCAGAGGGAUUGACAAUCUGCUCGACGAUGGCUGAAAAGGUGCUUGUAACGGGUGGUGCUGGGUACAUUGGGAGCCACUGUGUCGUGGAAUUGCUGGAAGCUGGAUACCAUCCUGUAGUAAUCGAUAACUUUCAUAAUGCUAUACGAGGGACCCAUGGUCUUCCAGAAAGUCUUCAAAGGGUACAGAAAAUCUUGGGAAAGGAAAUUGAGUUUGAAGAGGUGGAUCUGCUUAAUAAGGAUGCCCUGAGCAGCUUGUUUGACAAGCACAAGUUCUCUGCAGUUCUGCACUUUGCUGGAUUGAAGGCUGUUGGUGAGUCUGUGGAGAAACCUCUGCUGUAUUACAAAGUAAACCUAACAGGCACCAUCCAUCUCCUGGAGGUGAUGAGUUCUCAUGGAGUGAAGAAGUUGGUGUUCAGUAGCUCUGCCACGGUAUAUGGUGAUCCUAAAUAUCUGCCUAUUGAUGAGAGCCAUCCAGUAGGAGGUUGCACAAAUCCGUAUGGAAAAACCAAGUAUUUUAUAGAAGAAAUGAUAAAGGACCAAUGCAAAGCUGAAGGGGACUGGUGUGCAAUUCUUCUAAGAUAUUUCAAUCCUAUUGGAGCUCAUGUAUCAGGACGUAUCGGUGAAGAUCCUCAGGGAAUCCCAAACAACCUGAUGCCAUACGUCUCCCAGGUGGCUGUGGGAAGGAGGGAAUAUUUGAAUGUCUUUGGAAAUGACUAUAAUACGCCUGACGGAACAGGGGUUCGGGAUUAUAUCCACAUUGUCGAUUUGGCUAAAGGUCACAUUGCGGCUCUUAAGAGGUUAGAGACUAGCAGUGGAUGUAAGGCAUAUAACCUUGGAACAGGCGUAGGAUAUUCUGUACUCCAGAUGGUAAAAGCAAUGGAAAAGGCUUCUGGAAAAGAGGUUCCGUAUAAAAUUGUGGCCAGGAGAGAAGGAGACAUUGCUACAUGCUAUGCAGAUCCAGCUCUGGCUGCAGCAGAGCUGGGCUGGAAGGCAGAAUAUGACCUGGACAGAAUGUGUGAGGAUCUUUGGCGCUGGCAAUCCCAUAAUCCCACGGGUUUCAGCACAGAACACUGAGUCUCAUGUUACAUCAUCCAGGAAGGACAGCCCUUUAUCUCAACUAUAUUGUGUUAAGCGGAGUAUUUAUAACACUGUUGAAAAAAUAAAUCAUAAAAAUGUUAUAUUAAUGCUAAAAAGAACACGCUCUCAGGUGUUCCUUGUGCACAGCAGGAUCCAUCUCAGUAGAAUCACGCCUACCUCAUGUACCCAUCCACAUGCAACCAACAUGGAUGGGUCUAGAGAGCAACCAUUUUUUUUUCUUUAUAAUUUUAGUUUCGUUACUGUUUUGGUAAAUGUCAAAGCUUGUAUUUAACAUUCCAAGCAAAUGUAGUCUUGUUUUUCUUAACUUAAAAGCCCCGUAUGAAGAUUUGAUUUUAUUAAUUCAGAGUUUCUUGUGUCAGAUGUUUAACUUUGAAUUGCCUUUUAAUAGCAGCUGUUUGAAAGGGGGGUGGGGGUGUGGCUGAGCCACUUAAACCUCACACUUCCAUAAUGAAAAUGUUCAUAAAAAUAACUGUGUAUAAAUAUUUUUGCCAUAAAUCCAUACGUCAGCAUUUUAUAUGAAGGAAUAAAUUAAAUACAAAA